AUGGCGCUGCGGGCCCGGGCGCUGUACGACUUCAGGUCGGAGAACCCGGGAGAGAUCUCGCUGCGGGAGCACGAGGUGCUGAGCCUCUGCAGUGAGCAAGACAUUGAGGGCUGGCUGGAGGGCGUCAACAGCCGCGGCGACCGCGGCCUCUUCCCAGCCUCCUAUGUGCAGGUGAUCCGCGCGCCCGCCGCCGAGCCGCCGCCGCCUGCCCGUUACGCCAACCUCCCCGCCGGUGGCUUUGAGCCGCUGCCGCCACCCGCCGCCUUCAAGCCUGCGGCGCAGCAGCCUCCGCCCGCGGCGGCGCCGGAGCCCUCCUCGCUCCCCCCUGCCGCCGGGUACCCCUUCCCGCCCGCGCCCUACGGCGGCACCUACCAGCCUAGCCAGGGCAGUGAUGACGACUGGGACGAUGACUGGGACGACAGCUCCACCGUGGCCGACGAACCGGGUGCUCUUGGUAGCUCCUACCCCGACUAUGAGGCAGCGAGCGGUGGAGCGUCCAGCCGCUACCGCAUGUCCACCCGGUCCGAGCUCUUCCUGGGCUCCCGCGGCGGCGGUCAUCCGGCGAGCCACCCGCACCCGCCCGGCGGUAGCGGCGCCAAGAGCUCGGCCACGGUGAGCCGCAACCUCAACCGCUUCUCCACUUUCGUCAAGUCUGGCGGGGAGGCCUUCGUGUUAGGUGAGGCAUCGGGCUUUGUGAAGGACGGGGACAAGCUGUGCGUAGUGCUGGGCCCCCGUGGCCCCGAGUGGCAGGAGAACCCCUAUCCCUUCCAGUGCUCCAUUGAGGACCCUACCAAGCAGACCAAGUUCAAGGGGAUGAAGAGCUACAUCGCCUACAAGCUAGUGCCCAGCCACACUGGGCAGCAAGUGCACCGCCGCUACAAGCACUUUGACUGGCUCUACGGGCGUCUGGCCGAGAAAUUCCCUGUCAUAUCUGUGCCCCAUUUGCCAGAGAAGCAGGCCACUGGCCGCUUUGAGGAGGACUUCAUCUCCAAACGUCGCAAAGGCCUGGCCUGGUGGAUGGACCACAUGUGCAGUCACCCUGUGCUGGCUCAGUGUGAUGCCUUUCAGCACUUCCUCACCUGUCCCAGCACAGAUGAGAAGGCCUGGAAACAAGGCAAGCGCAAGGCUGAGAAGGAUGAGAUGGUGGGUGCCAACUUUUUCCUGACCAUCAGCGUCCCCACAGGCACUGGAGCCAGCCUGGACUUGCAAGAGGUGGAAAGCCAGGUGGAUGGCUUCAAAGCCUUCACAAAGAAGAUGGAUGAGAGUGCCCUGCAGCUUAAUCACACAGCCAACGAGUUUGCCCGCAAACAAGUCACAGGUUUCAAGAAGGAAUACCAGAAGGUGGGGCACUCCUUUAAGUGCCUCAGUCAGGCAUUUGAGCUGGACCAGCAGGCAUUUUCAGCUGGCCUGAACCAAGCGAUAGCCUUCACAGCAGAAGCCUAUGAUGCCAUCGGGGACCUCUUUGCAGAUCAGCCCCGGCAGGACCUAGAUCCUGUGAUGGAUUUGUUAGCUCUGUAUCAGGGGCAUUUGGCCAACUUUCCCGAUAUCAUCCACGUUCAGAAAGGAGCCCUUACCAAAGUAAAGGAGAGUAAGCGGCAUGUGGAAGAAGGGAAGAUGGAGCUCCAAAAAGCUGAGGGCAUUCAGGAACGCUGUAACAUUAUUUCUUUUGCGACCCUAGCGGAGAUUAAUCAUUUCCACAAAAUUCGUGUGAGGGACUUUAAAUCACAGAUGCAGCAUUUCUUGCAACAGCAAAUACUCUUUUUUCAAAAAGUUACACAAAAGCUAGAAGAAGCUCUUCACAAGUAUGACAGUGUGUAA